AAUCUAAUCAAAGCCAUUGUAAUGGUUUCUAAAGUUCGUGAUAUAGCUUGUAAAUGGAAACAAAUAGCAGCAAUGUUGGGCAUAGCGGUAGAAGAAAUUGAAAAAUCAAAUGACAGUACACUAUGUCAGGAAGAAAAGUGUUUUCUUGUGUUCCGGAGAUGGUUAGAAAAAGAGGAAGUGACAUUUGCUAUGCUAACCUUAUUAUUAACAUCAAUAGGACACAGAGUUACAGCAGAACAUAUUCGUAGAAAGUGGAUUGUUAAUUCUCCAAAAGAAAUAACUAAGACAAAAAGUAAAUUCUUCACGAAAGUAGAAUUGGAAGAUAAAAAGGAAAAGAAUAGUUCUGCAAACUCUACGCUUACCAUUUCAAGCAUCGAUAAAUGA